AUGAACGUUGGUGGUGUGCAACUCCAAUAUCAACCGUGCACUCAAAAUCCAGCAAGACAGUCUUGGAUAGUGUUACAGAAUAAUAAUUCAAACAACUUUAUUAUUCAACAAACACCAAAAUCUGAUAGAUUUAAUAAUGAUGAUGAUAAUAAUUUAUCAGAAAGUUCUUCUAAAACAAUUUACAAAUUAUACUUUUCCAAAACAUUUAAUGGAUUUCCAAAAGAUAUCAAACAAUCCACUUUUAGGCAUUAUAAUUCUAGUCCUAUAAUUACUAGAUUCACUACAGAUAAUUAUUGUCAAGUUGAAUUAGAUCCUGGUGUACCUGUAGUAUUGGGCACACCCACAUGA